AUCAAGUGGGAUGCCUUUGUGACAGAAGGCUCUUUCGGCCCCAUCUUCGGGUAACUUUCCUAAGUGAACCAAACCGUUGAACUUUGAAACAUCUUCUGAAUUUUUAUCCUCUAUAUAUUUCCCUGUUUCUCGGGUAUCAAUCUCUCAAUCCCUUGACGAGCUCCAGACAGCCCUCUCAUCUUUUCUUAUAACUUCAACCCGCCUGCCGUUUCUUGCUUGCCUGCUUGUUCUGUUAGUGGUCUAUAGGUGCAGCUUCAGCAAUGGAAUCUGCUUGGGUGGAUACCAAUUUGGACCUCAACAUCAAUAUCUUCAAUCAUAGGAACAAAGCUCUGAAGAGAGAAUCUCAUGGAGAAGUGGCUGAAUCUGAAGUGAAGGUACCACUUAAACAAGAGACUGGAGUUUUGGUGGAGGAAUUGAAUCGGGUUAGCGCUGAGAACAAGAAGCUAACUGAGAUGCUAACAGUUGUGUGCGAGCACUACAACUCUUUGCAGAACAAAUUCAUGGAAUUGGUGAGCAAGAACUGUGAAAAUGAAGCUGCAACAUCAAAGAAGAGAAAAGCCGAGUUUGAGGAUUAUACCAACAUGAUUGGAUUUAAUGGAAACGCUGAGAGCAGCUGCAGUGAUGAAGAGUCAUCCAAAAGGCCCAAGGAGAGCAUUAAGGCAAAGAUUUCUAGGGUCUACGUGCGCACAAAUCCUUCUGACAACAGCCUGAUUGUGAGAGAUGGGUAUCAAUGGAGGAAAUAUGGACAAAAGGUCACAAGAGACAACCCCUCUCCCAGAGCAUACUUCAAGUGCUCUUUUGCCCCAAGUUGUCCAGUUAAGAAAAAGGUGCAAAGAAGUGCUGAAGAUCCAUCAAUCUUGGUAGCUACUUAUGAAGGAGAGCACAACCAUGCACACUCUUCUCCUGCUGAAUUAUCACUAAGCACCAGCUCUAUUCCCGACCCUUGUUCAGCUCCUGUUUCCGCCCCCACCAAAUGUUCAGCUCCCACUGUGACUCUCGAGUUGAUGCAACCUGGAUUCAUGGGAGAUGAUGCCAAAAAGCCAGUCCAACAAAUCGAUGCACCGGGAAUCCAACAGAUUCUAGCCCAACAAAUGGCAGCUUCUUUGACUAGAGAUCCGAAUUUCACAGCAGCACUUGCUGCAGCCAUUUCAGGAAGAGUUGUAGACCAGACUAGAUUAGAAAAGUGGUGAAAUUCUACACUAGAGGGAAUUAAUAUACAGUUCUGUACUUUUCUUGUUCAAUUGAAAAUGGGAGAGUGUGUCAGUGAUGUAAAUAGAAUCUUGAAAUCUAAAUGUCAGAAAAAAAGAACAGCAAAAAAAGAAGGUUAUUGUUUGCCGAAGUAAAUGAGCAGAUCCAAUGAUUGUUAAUA